CCCUUAGUUUUCAUCCAAAAUAAUCUUCUUCUUCUUCUUCUUCUUCAUCUCCGUUGCACUCACGCACUCCCCACGAAUUUUUUUCUUCAACCCAAAUUCUUCGGCUCCGGCGGCGUCUCCGGCUGCUUUCCUGUACCGGAUGGGGAUCGCGAUGGCCCGAAGAGAAUGACGGAUAGUCGGCUCCGAUCAUGUCGAUCUCUUCCUCGCCGGCUACCAGUGAGGAUUCCAUCGCCAGUUUCAUAGAAGACGAGCGGCACUUCGUUCCUGGUACUGACUACUUGUCGCGAUUCCAGUCUGAAUCGCUGGAUUCUUCGGCGAGAGCAGAGUCUGUUGCAUGGAUUCUCAAGGUUCAAGCAUAUUACGGCUUUCAACCGCUCACCGCGUACCUCUCCGUUAACUACUUGGAUCGAUUCCUUUAUUCUCGCCGCUUGCCGGAAACAAAUGGGUGGCCGAUGCAGCUCCUUUCAGUGGCUUGUUUGUCGCUUGCAGCAAAAUUGGAAGAGCCACUGGUUCCUUCCUUCCUCGAUCUCCAGAUUGAAGGGGCAAAAUAUAUAUUUGAACCCAGAACAAUACGUAGGAUGGAGCUUCUUGUGCUGACGACUUUGAAUUGGCGGCUGCGAUCCGUGACACCCUUCAGCUUCAUCGGAUUCUUCGCUUACAAAGUAGAUCCCACCGGAACAUUUUCCAGUUUCCUAAACUCACGCUCCGCAGAAAUUAUUCUCUCAAAUAUUCGAGACGCUAGCUUUCUUGAGUACUGGCCGUCGUGCAUAGCCGCCGCAGCCUUACUUUGUGCAGCAAAUGAAAUCCCUAAUUUGACCCUCUUGAAUCCUGAACACGCCGAAUCAUGGUGCAAUGGACUCAGCAAAGAAAAGAUCGUGGGGUGUUACCGGUUAAUGCAGCCGUUAACAAUGGAGGGUCGGCGGAGGAAGCCCCCAAAAGUGAUACCACAGCUCCGAGUGAGAGUCCGAGCCGGGUCGAGGUACGGUGACUCGUCAUCCUCCUCCUCAUCCUCCUCCUCGUCAAAGUUACCUUUUAAAAGGAGAAAAUUGAAUAAUUGCGUGUGGCUAGAAGAUGACAAAGAAAAUUCCAAGUUAAGAGCAGACGAAUAAAUUUAAGCAAAAAAAAAGAAAGAAGGGAACAGAGGGAAAGCCUAAAUUGCGGUACGGCCGGUGGUCCAAAAUUAUACAUAAUUUUACACAGAGAGCAAUGUAGGAGGUCUAAGAUCGUACGUCGUCGUAUAGAGAUAUAAAAAAAAAAAUCUAAUGGUUUUGCAGAUUCCCAAGGAGAGAAGUGGGAGGGGAGAUUGUUGUAGUUGUAGAUAUUAUUUUGGUGUGAGAAAGAAAGAAAAAGAAAAAGAAAAAGAUUUAUAUAUUUUAUAUUAUAUUGGUUUUUAAAUAAAAAUAUAUAGUGGAAGGAAAAAGGUGAAAGAAGGAAGUGGGGAGUUGAAUUCAGACUUCAGAGGCAGCAUUUAUUAGUGAUUUGAAAGAAUAUAGAGAUUGUGGGCCCCACCUUCAAAGUAGGUAAUUUUGCAGAGAAGAGAAGACAGCUCCGAGUCGUGAAUUGUUUUGUUGUUUGUUCUUCGGUGAAAAAAGAAAAAGGAAAAAAGAGAAAAGGAACUGCUGUGUGCCGCACGUGUCAAGUUUCUUCACAGUUCAAUUCAAAGACUUCUCAAACGCAGAAACCAAAAAUAAAAAAAGAAAAGAAAUAAUAAUAGAUUUGCCUUUCUUUUUUACUUUGAGUCUUGAGUUUGAAUUACUGUGCGCACGUGACACGCAUUUUGUCGCGUGGAAAGCACGUUCGUAUCACGCGUGUGUCUCGGUUGUUAUUUUGGCGGGAAUUGCGUCUCUUUUUGCCUUUCAAUAUCAUGUUUUGGCCCAACUAUAUAGUAUAUGGGAAAAUUUCCUCUUUGUUUAUAUUA